AUGGUUCACAAUGUUGGUUUUGGUAGAGUUGGAAUAGUGGGGAUAGACGGAAAUGUGGGCAAUGGUGGUAGCAAAGGUGGUAGCGUUGGCUUUGGCAAUGUUGGCAUUGGAGGAAGUAAAGGUGGCAGCGUUGGCUUUGGCAACAUUGGCAAUGGAGGCAACAAAGGUGGCAGUGUUGACUUUGGCAAUGUUGGUAGCAAAGGUGGUAGCGUUGGCAACUUUGACAAUGGAGAUAGUAAAGGUGGUAGUGUUGGUUUCGGCAAUAUUGGCAAUGGAAGCAACAAAGGUGGUAGUGUUGGCUUUGGCAACUUUGGCAAUGGUGGCAGCAAAGGUGAUAGCGUUGGCUUUGGCAACGUUGUCAAUGAAGGUAAAGGUGGUAGUGUUGGAUUUGGCAACGUUGGCAAUGAUGGAAAAGGUGGCAAUGUUGGGAUAGGCAAUGUAGGUAUGACUGACAAGCUUGGUACAUUGGGUUGA